ACCAAUCUGUUGGAGGAACGCAUCGGGUCGAGCGGCAUCUGUGAGGGAAAAGGAAUCAACGUUUCUGGUCGAGACCCUGCAUUAGGACUACGGUGCCCCUUGUCUCGCUUGAGCUGCAUCUACAGGAACUGUGCGAGUUUCGGUGCUUAGAGGGAGGAAGGGUGGUUCUGGCGGCGGUGCCAGCGGCUUGUAGUCCCUCUGCUGUCGGGCAAGUGCUUGCAUCAGCAAGAGGAUGAGAGCGUUGAAACUACAUUACCCAUAGAGCCGGGCGGGGUGCCUGCAGUUCCGGUAACCUGAUGUCAUUUUUGCCUUGUUGGAGUCUGUUGUGAGCCGAGGCAGGUCGGCAGUCCGGAGAGUGCGACAAGCCGCCGGCAAGAUGUCUUAUGACUGUGACCUUGACCCUGACGGGAAUGAAAUGCUGGAGCUGUUUUUUCAGCAGCGGCCUGGUUCUCUUCCACAUGAGGACUUCAGUGACGGGAUUGAGUUCUUGAAGGACUGGGGCCUAAGUGAGCAUGAUAUGCUGAAUGACCAUGACACUGAGGAUUUCUUCAACUCCAUCCUUGGUUCCUUUGAUGAUGAGACUCCCAUCCCAGUGUCAUCUUCACUGGACAGUGACAGUGGAAUAUCAGAAGACAACAACCACUGUGCCCAUGAAGAUAGUCCAUCAGGCAGUGACGUCGCGCUCUCUGAAAUCAUUAAUUCUGAAGUCAUAAAUUCUGACCAUAACUACUCGCUUUCCCAGAACUCUCAGAAUAAUGCAAAUUGUUUAUACAGUGUGAAAACCGAGAAGCCCUCAUUAGAAAGGGACAUCUCAAUUGUAUUAGACUGGGAGCCUGACUGUUUGAUUGAAAAUCCACAAAUUCUUCCUGUGGAGGAAAGUACGGGUCUCGUAACCCUCACAAUAGAAGACCUGCAGCAACAUAGUAAAGCAAAUCAACAUUGCUUUGAAGAACUGAUUCUGACUGAUGAAGAAAAAAGACUUUUAUCCAAAGAUGGAGUGCAGUUACCCACUUGCCUUCCCCUGACAAAGUCAGAAGAACGUGCAUUGAAAAGAAUCAGAAGGAAGAUUCGAAAUAAACAGUCCGCUCAAGAGAGUCGCAGAAAGAAAAAGAAUUACAUUGAUGGACUGGAGAGUAGGGUUGUAGCAUGCACUGUCCAAAACCAAGAGUUGCAGAGGAAGGUGCAGCAUCUCGAGAACCAGAAUAUGUCUCUAAUUGAACAACUGAGGAAGCUACAAGCAUUGGUCAAACACACAAGCACCAAGAGUGCUAACAUCAGUACUUGCAUAAUGGUGUUCCUGUUGUCUUUUACACUCAUCAUUUUCCCAAGUAUAAACCCAUUUGGUGCAAAGCUAAGAUCCCAGGAAGAGUCAUACAGUGUACUUUCCAGGACUUUACUUGACAGUGAUUCAUCCCAUGUCCGCUUGGUGCCAAAGGCCCAUAAUCCAGGUGCUGAUCCAGAGAUAACAGAGAAUGCCGGGUUGGAUCAGGAGGUUCCUCAAGUGUUAAUGUCAACAAGUCGGAAUCGCACGCCUGAGUCUUCAGACUUGGGAAAGGCCGAAACCACUUCAACUUUGAAUAGCAACUCCUCUUCAGAUGCGGACAGAAUAAUCAAAGCUGCUGUCCAGGGUGAUAUAAGUCUAGGAAGGACAGCACCCAAAAGUGAAAAGGAUGACUAUAGCAUCUCGUCGAAGCCCAACUGGACAGAACAUUCUGCAACAGUGAUCAUAAAGACCCAUCCACGGUCUGAUGAAAUGUAACCAAUGUGCAGGAAGUUUCCUGCCUUUGGAUCAUGGAUUGUACAUCACUUAUUUUUUACAUUGUGGAUCUGAGUGAGCAUGUGCAUCUCAUAUACUUGGGUACUGUAUAGGUUUAUUCUUUUCGGGUUUAUUCUCUUUGGUUUUAAAAAGAUGUGUUACAAGUAGAGGUGGGUUGGCAGAAAGCAAUCUUUUUAUUUUUCUAAAAUCUUAUAAGUUGUAUAUUCAAAUUUUUGCAUAAAGGAGGAAUUUACGAAGUUGUUCAAAUAAUUCAGCUCCCAGUAUCACUGUGGGUUUAAAAGUUUUGCUAGUCUUUUGAUGAGCACUUUUGCAACUUCUGCAAAUAAUACUCCAUGAAAAAUUCCCUCUCGUGUUCCUCUGGAAAGAAAGCUUAUCAAUCCCAAUACAUUAGGGAUUGGUUGAAGGGACUUGACUAUUUUACUGAACUCCCAAUCAUGCACUCCCAAUAGUUCUGUUACAUGUCCCACCCUAGAUAAAUAUGACCCACUGAUGUAUUUGUAGCAUAUUGUUACAGCUAUAAAUGUAGACUUCUGUGAAAGGUAUAGACAUAAUAUACUGUUUGUUUCAUUUUGUUUUGUUACGCUUCGGUAUUUUAACUUGGAGCCUGAGCAGUCAAGAAUGCUGGCACUCCAGAUCUUUCUUUGCCACAAUGCCUGAGAUUGCCAAGGCGUACUUCAUCUCUUUAUUCGCAUGUGCUGUGAAGAGCGGCAGUCACUGUUUGGCACCUUGUUCAUGUGAUUCCAAUAGGUUGCUGAGAUAAUUGGAAAUCAAACUUAAAUUUCUUUCUCUGUCGGCCCUUUAAUUAUCUCAAAUUUGCAAUGUAAAACAAUGCAAGAUUUGCAUUAGGUAAUGCAUACUGCUUAAUAAAUGCUGGUCAGCUGCCUACUUGGGGCAUCAGAACAGGAGAAAAACAUGUCUCACCUCUAUGCUGUUAUACCAUUGAUUUUGCGUCACUUCUUUCUGUAUCGGAAGUCUAUUUGCCACGUUUUACUACUGUUUCCUAAACCUAUGUCUGUAUUUUGAGGUUCUGAAAAGACAUGGUCUCAACAGCUUUUUGGGAAUAGAUUUCCACUUCCUUUUUCUAUUUUUAUUAUUUUUUUAUUUAAGAGUCUAUGCUGCCUGAUUACACCCAUGUAACCAAUUAACCUACUGACCCUUACGCCUUUGGAAAGUAGGAGGACACCGGAGCACCCGGAGGAAACGCAGGCGCAGCCAGAAGGCAUAAAAUCCUUACAGACAGCCACAGGAAUUGAACCAGGUUGCUAACGCUGUAAAGUGUUAAGCUAACUGCUAUUCUACCGUGCUGCCUCGUGUAAAGAGUAUGCUGUGAUUGCAUUAGCAGAAAGAGGAGUCACUCAAGACUUCUCUAAGCAGUCUAUUUGAAAUGGUAGACUUCACACUUUUUUUUUAAAAACUGCUUCUUAUUUUGGACGCACUUUAGAUUUUCUGUUUCUCAGAGCUGAAGAUUCUGCUGGGUAUUUCACAGUUACUGGUGCAGGAGAUGCACAAAGGGCUGGCAGUCUGGUAUAGUACUUAAAAAUUUCUAUAUCCUGUUCCCUGUUCAUUCAGAUUCCUUCCCAAGGACCAAGAAUCAAGUGUCUCAGCAAUAACACGCCUCUCCCACAUCUACCUUUGAAUGAAAGCUAUAAAUGAACUGCUUAACUUUUAACUGCUGAAUUCCUUUUGAAUUACUGCCAGGUUUCUGUUUGCAUUCUUCUGAGAAGUGCCAUGGGGCGUUUUAUGAUGAAGGCGCCAGCUGUGCAUGUUGCAGAGUUAGUACGUGGGCGGUUCCACAACGUGUUGGGCAAGUCUGUUGUGAAAUGGAUUCAGCAUUGGACAAGUUAUGAUUUUGUAGCUGGUGGUGCCUGAGUUUGUUUCAGUCUACACCACAAAAUCAAAUAUUUGGGGUUUAUGAGUGUUUUAUCUCUAUUUGGAGAGGUAAAUAGGUGCAGGCACAAAUCAAACAAUUUAGUUAGUUGAUGGCAGCUAUUUGGUAUGUAGAUCCAGGAAUAACUACUAAACUCUGUUUCUAUGCAUGAUACUGUAUACAAAUGCAAUUUACUAGGAUUGGAAUACUGAAUUCCUAACACUCCAUCAGCCAAGCAUAGUAGGGAUCAUCCUUGAAUCACCAUCCACUGUUAGAUAGAAGUUGUAAGUUGUCACAAAUUGAAUUUUGAUAAGAUACGUAGUGACAUUCAAGCAUUAGAAAGUGGUCUGUUGUAGCUCUCUCUCAGCAGUUGGUUGAGAAUCUUUAAUCUAUAGAACACUUCAGAGGAGCUUAUAUUGAACGAUAACCAUGCCACAUCACUCGGUGUUUCCCAUUGCAAUACUGGGUGGUGUAGUCCUUUAAAUUGCUUGAAUGCUGCAUAAUAUUAAUUUUUAUUUUCAAAAUGUUUGUAGACCUUGUGGAAUGCCAUUGAUUGAAUUAGAAACAACUUUUAUCAACUUUUAAAAAUUGUUUUAUGUUCAAAGCUGUAAUUAGUAUUUUGGGAUUUUUUGUAGCUAAUCUGUACUGAGAGACUUUGCUAUAAUUGUAUUAAUACUUGCUGGAAGCCUUUGUUGAGCCUACUGAAUAUACUCAAGUUUGAAAUACAGCUGUAUAAUACUGUUUCCCCAGUUAGUGAGAUUUGUGCAUGUAUGUAUAUACUAAAAUAUAUAUUUUCAAAUGAUGUUCUUAGUAAAUCUUUUGGGGUAUUAAAUAUUUCUAAUUUUGUGCAGUUUAUAUAAUUAACUACAUUCAAACCAAAGC